AUGGACCCUGCGCUUCAGCUCGAGCCUUCGGCGGCGCACAUUCCUCGGGCUCCCCCCUUGUCCGACUUGCAGGCCUUUACCCAGACCCGAAAGAACAUCAUCGCUUGGAAGCAGCUUCUCGGCCUCGCGGACGGCGUGCCGACGCUCAUGGGCAUGCCGUUCCAGAAACUCGCCAGCUUCUGGCCCUUUGAGAGCCAGCUCAUGGACGACGUCCUCGAGGCCCUGGGCCGGAAGCACCGCCCGCCCCAUCUGCACGCCCACCUUCUCCUGCUGACCAUGUGCGCCGCCGACGGCGACAUCUCGCUGAGCAUGCAGCCCGCGCGCGCCGAGUCGCAGCCCAAGAUCCGGGCCCUCGUCGCCGCCGUCCAGAGGCACCUGCGCUCCGAGGACGCCGACGAGGCCGACCGGCUCCUGCGGACGUCGUGCGCCGCCGCGAGGGCGAGGGCGCUUUGCUCCGCGUUGCCGCCGCCGCCGCCGCCGCCGCCCGCGCGGGGGGGCCCGACGCGCGCCGAGAUGCGCUCGCGGUUCCUGGCGCUCGAGGACCUGAAGCCCGGCCACAGGCGGAGGCGGUUCGUGCCCGAGGCCGAGUUCCGCCGGGCGCGGGCGGAGGAGGACCGCAAGGAGCGGAAGGCGCGGUAUCUGAUGGCCAAGAUGCGCAGGCGGGCUCUGAUGGACUUUUCGGAGCCGCUGCUGGAGGACGGGGCGGCGGGGCGGCCGAUGCCGUUGGUGCCGCCGAGCCUGGCGUGCUUUGCGCCGGUGGCGCGCGGAUCUCCGGACAGCCACUCCUUGGCGGCGGUAAUGCUUCUUUCGCACCUCAAGGAAUCCCCUUACAACCACUCCUUGGCGGCGGUGGUGAUUCUUUUACACCUCAAGGAAUCCCCGGACAAGCACCUCAGGAGGCUUCGGGGCAAGCACUCCUUGGCGGCGGUGGUGAUUCUUUUACACCUCAAGGGAUCCCCGGACAAGCACUCCUUGGCGGCGGUGAUGGUGCUUUCUCUGCUCCUCAAGGACUCCCGAGACAAGCACCUCAGGAGGCUUCGGGGCAAGCACUCCUUGGCGGCGGUGGUGAUUCAUUUGCACCUCAAGGAAUCCCCGGACAGCCACUUCUUGGCGGCGGUGAUGCUUCUUUCGCACCUCAAAGGAUCCCCGGACAACCACCCCUUGGCGCCGCUGGUGCUUCAUUUGCAUCUCAGGGAAUCCCCGGACAACCACCCCUUGGCGGCGGUGAUGCUUCUUUCGCACCUCAAGGGAUCCCCGGACAGCCACUCCUUGGCGGCGGUGAUGCUUCAUUUGCAUCUCAAGGGCUCCCUGGCCAGCCGCAUCAGCAGCUACCAGCUUAUGAUGCCCCUAGUGCUGCUUUCUUUCCAUCUCAAGAACAACCUGGACCACCGCCUCAGCAGCUACCAGCUUUUGGUACUCCUAGUGCUGCCUUCCUUGCACCUCAAGAACAACCUGAACAACCGCCUCAGCAGCUACCAGCUUUUAGUACCAAAUUUUGGUACUCCUAGUGCUGCUUUCUGGGCAGCUCAAGAGCAACCUGAACAACCGCCUCAGCAGCUACCAUCUCUUGAUACCCCUAGUUCUGCCUUCUUUGCACCUCCUCCAGAACAACCUGGACAACCAUCUCAGGAGCCGCCUCAACAGCUACCCCUUGAUGCCCCGGCGGAUCAUGUCCUGCCCUCUACGCCCGAAGUGGAACGGGCCUUGUUGGAAUUAUCUAGAGUUGAACACCUAAAUCAGCAAUCGCCGUGGCAGCCAUCCCUCGAUGCUUCUGGGAGUGCCGUCUUUCCCUCGACGCCCGAAGUGGAACAGGCCUUGUUGGAAUUACCUGUACUUGAACAACCAACUCAGCAAUCUCCUUGGCAGCCAUCCCUCGAUGCUUCUGGGAGUGCUGUCUUGCCCUCUCCACCCGACCAAGAGCAGGCCUCGCUGAAACUAUCCGGACUUCAACAACCAACGCAGCAGCCAACCCAGCACUCAUCCCUUGAUGCCCCUGGAGAUGCUGUCCUGCCCUCUACGCCCGGCGAGGAGCAAGCCUUGUUGGAAUUAUUUGGACUUCAACAACCGACUCCGCAAUCACCUCAGCAAGCAGCCCUUGAUGCCCCCGGCGAUGCUGCCCUGCCCUCUUCACCCGGCGACGAGCAAGCCUUGCCGGAACCGCCGCAUCAUCAGCCGCCUAGUUCCCCUGGCGAUAACGACUUCCUCCUUUCCCCUGAAGAGGAGCAAGCCUUGCUGGAACUGCUGCGUAAGCAACCGCCCGGCUCCCCCGGCAACAACGUCUUCCUCUUCGCCCCUGACGAGGAGCAAGUCCUGUCGGAGCUGCGAGGAUGCGAGCAGCAGCAGCAGCAGCAGCAGCAGCAGCCAGAGCAUCAGCCGCCGCCUGAUGCCGCCCUCUUUUCAGCCGAGGAUGAAGCAGCCCUGUGGGAAUUCGACUUGCACAUGGAAAUGUGA